AUGGGCGAAUUCGCCUCUCCUCUCUUCUCUUCGUGGUCGGCCCACUACAACCGACGGCUUGAGGCCGAUGAGGCCGACUGGGAGACGCUCCAGCUUCUCCACAGCCGGACAGCUUUCCUCGAGUCUAAUGCUCCUCAAAGUCUCGUCGUGCUUUACGUCCUGAUGCCGAGUGUGUAUGGGACGGUAGUGCGGCGUGAAUGGAAGGGUGGUGAUAGCAGAUUGAGUGUGGAGCAUAUCCUGUCUACAGCAGCUAUACACAGAUACAAGCAUAAAAACAUGUACAGACACAGACAUAGACACAUACAGAAAGACAGGCUCAUCCCAGGCCGAUUUCGGCCGGGUCCUUGA